AUGGAGAUGACUACUAGAUUAGAAGCCCUGCUGUCUACUAAAGAACAACUGAUUUUCCAGCUACAAUGCUUCGAGUCUGUGGUAACAGAAACCAGCGUUUCAUCAUCAAGCCCCAAUUUCGAAGGAAUUGAAGCUCGAUGCAAUAACUUGAGUCACUUCAUGGAUCAAAUUGCACGAGUAGCGCACGACAUCAAGCGAAUCAAUCCAGACCUUUUUGAUCAGCAAGAAUUGAUGCAGAUCGAACAAAGAUACUAUUCCAACAUUGGCAAAGCAAAGACAAUGCUGAGAUCAAGACCCGAAAAUGCUGACACCGAUUUGCUCAGUAUGGCAGCGCAGCAGAAUGCAGUUACAACUGUGGAUUUGAUUAAAGCUUCAAAAUUUAAGGUCCCAGAUCUGCCCAAAUUCGAAGGCCGGUACAGUGAUUGGACAGCAUUUAAGCAGAUGUUUGACUCUCUCAUUCAUAACAACACCGCAAUACCUACAAUUUUGAAAUUCCAUCAUUUGAAAUGUGCAUUGGGCGCCAAACCUGCACUACUGAUUAAGAAUUUAGAUUUCACAGAGCCUAACUAUGAAAUUGCGCUGACAGCAUUGACAGAACGUUAUGAAGACAAGCAUUUAACCAUAAUAAGGCAAGUGGAAAUCCUUAUGAAUAUGAGCAUGACCACAGUCUGUAAAUGCAAGAAGUCAACAAAAUUGACUGCAAAGGAUUUGGAGUCCAUGUACAACUGUGUAAAUCAAACCAUACAAACUUUACGAGCUAUGGAAGUGGAUACUGAUAGUUGGGACCCCAUAAUAUGCCAUGCAGUCACUUCAAGAUUUGAUGAAAGUACAAUUACAGCAUGGGGCAACAAGAUGAAACCUAAAACUACUCCAACGAAAGAACAAAUAUUAGCAUUCUUGGACAAAAGAAGGAGAGUUCUAGAAUCACUGGAGAGCUCAAAGAAUAAGGAUUCUGAGUCGAGUGGUUUAGGGUUUGAAUCAAAAAACGAACGCAAAAAAGUUGAAGUAAAGAGGAAGGCUCCUCACCAAACAAUUCAUGGAUUUGUGCAGCAUCAAAAGAAAAUAUCGAACAUUAAAAAGUGCAUCUACUGCUCCGGGAGUCAUUACAUAAGUUCUUGCCUUAAUUUUCGGAAGUUGACCCUGCCUGAUAGGUACACGAUUAUCAAAUCAGAAAAUCUCUGUCAUUCAUGCAUGAGGCAAAAACAUUCCAACGGUGAGCAGUGCAAAGGCUAUCCUUGUAAAACUUGUGGAAAAAAUCAUCAUAUCGCGCUUCAUCAAGACAAAGAAAUGUCUGGACACGUUGGGAAGGAGUCAAGCUCGGGUGCUCGUACCUCCGACAUAUGA